CGUUUUUUUUUUCAAAUUCAUUCGCUGGAUCACCCCGGUGCAACGGUGGUAGGGUCAUGGUAAUGGUAGGGUAGGAGUCACCGUUAGUGACGUCAGAGACCUAAAUUUUGAAGGUUAAAAAUCUGACAGGACCGCAAACUUCUCCAGACGAGGGCGAUCGCGGCCGUUUACGCAACGUGCGUUCGUUAAUUUGUUUAUGGAUAAUUGAGCUCCUUUCGCACGUGUAUAAAACAGUGUUAGUAUCAUCAGUUCAAAACUUUCUUGAAUUCCGCAUACUUCACUCUGGUGAGCUAAGGUUAGGGAGGAGCCAUUUGACAAUAAAAUGGCAGCAGGAACAACAUUGCAGAAAGCCAUAGACCUGGUCACCAAGGCCACCGAGGAAGAUCGGAACAAAAACUAUGAAGAGGCUCUGAAGCACUACGAACACGGCGUUGAAUACUUUCUUCAUUCAAUCAAAUAUGAGGCUCAGGGAGAACGGGCCAAGGAAAGCAUUAGGACAAAAUGUUUACAGUAUCUUGACCGGGCUGAGAAGCUGAAGGAAUAUCUAAAGAAGGGAAAAAAGAAACCGGUCAAAGAUGGAGAAAGUAAUUCUAAGAGCGAUGACAAAAAGGGUGACAGUGGUGAUAGCGACAGUGACAGCGAUCCAGAAAAGAAGAAAUUACAAAGCAAAUUGGAAGGGGCAAUAGUUAUCGAGAAACCACAAGUAAAGUGGAGCGAUGUUGCAGGGUUGGACCUUGCUAAGGAAGCUCUCAAAGAGGCUGUUAUCUUGCCCAUUCGCUUCCCACAUCUGUUUACCGGGAAACGUAUCCCAUGGAAAGGCAUUCUACUUUUUGGCCCUCCCGGUACUGGUAAAUCAUAUCUAGCAAAAGCAGUAGCGACUGAAGCCAACAACUCUACUUUCUUCUCCGUAUCUUCAUCAGACCUGGUCAGUAAGUGGCUCGGUGAAUCUGAGAAGCUUGUGAAGAAUCUAUUUGAAUUGGCACGCCAACACAAGCCUAGUAUAAUAUUUAUUGAUGAGGUAGAUUCUCUCUGCUCCUCAAGAUCAGACAACGAAUCUGAAUCUGCUCGCAGAAUAAAAACUGAAUUUCUAGUUCAAAUGCAAGGUGUCGGGACCGACAAUGAGGGAAUUCUUGUUCUCGGUGCAACCAAUAUACCCUGGGUAUUGGACUCUGCAAUCAGAAGACGUUUUGAGAAGCGAAUUUAUAUUCCCCUUCCCGAAGAGCCUGCUCGUAUGGUUAUGUUCAAACUUCACCUUGGUAAUACCGCUCAUGUCCUAUCCGAAGACGAUUUUAAAAAAUUAGCAGCCUCAACUGACGGCUAUUCGGGAGCUGACAUAAGCAUCAUUGUUCGUGACGCACUUAUGCAGCCUGUGAGGCAAGUUCAAACGGCUACCCAUUUUAAAAGAGUGCAUGGGCCUUCUCCAAAAGAUCCAACAAUAAUUGUUGAUGAUCUUCUGACCCCUUGCUCUCCGGGCUCACCUGGUGCAAUCGAAAUGACUUGGAUGGAAGUUGACGGGGAUAAACUCUUUGAACCUCCAGUCACAAUGAAAGAUAUGAUGAAGUCAUUGGCAACCACACGUCCGACAGUAAACGAAGACGAUAUGGCAAAGCUGGAGAAGUUUAAGGAAGAUUUCGGCCAAGAAGGCUGAAGCAAUCUACAUCGCGGUUAUAAAAGAAUUUCACCCAUAAUUAAGCAUACACAAAGUUAUACACGCUUGCCUUAUUCCGAAUUAGGAUGAAACACAGAUUCAGCGUUUGUACGGAAAAAACAGUAAGAAACUGAAAAAUAGUCUCACCAGAUUUUCUUUAAAGUCCUUGGAAGAAACUCGACAUAUUUCUUUUGCUGUCGAUGAUAUACAAUUGAACUAAAAUCAUAUGAAUUACCAACGAUGAGCAUGAAUGGCACCAGUUCUUGGGCGUAAUUUUACAUGUAAUUAUAAUGUAUAAAUAUUAAAUACAUAAUAUUAUCUAUCUGCGAAAAUAUUAUAAUUACGUUUGACAGAAAUAAAUAAAAAUAAAUUAACAA